AUGGCACUUGAGAUCCCAAAAGCCAAGCUCAAGAGCUUUGUGAGGCACGUCGUCCCAGGGGCCCUACUGGUGACAGAGUACCUAUUCUCGGUGCCAUUGGACUACAGAAACCCAUCCGGCAAACAAAUCCAGCUCUUCGCCAGGGGAGCUACUAAGUAUGAGGUGCCUAUCAACCCUCAACAGUCGCAAUUCCAGUCGUCCCUCAACCGUCCCUGGUUUGUCUUCCUCCAGGGAGGUCCUGGCUUUGGCAAUCCUGAGCCCCAGGACUCUUCCUUGACCCGUUUCCUCCUCAACAGAGGCUACCAGAUCCUCUUCCUCGACUACAGAGGCGUCGGGCUCAGCACUCCAGUCACUGCCGAUACCGCUCCUACGCCAGACGCCUCUCCUGAAGAGCAGUUUGAGUACCUCAAGUUCUUCCGUCAGGUCGACAAUGUGCGGGACUGUGAGGCCGUCCGCAAAUGCCUAACCGACAGCUUCGACGAGAGCAAGAGGAAAUGGUCCAUCUUCGGCCAGUCCUUUGGCGGCUUCGUCUGCCUCAGCUACCUCUCCCAGCACCCCGAGGGGCUCAAUGAGGUCUUUAUGACCGGCGGCCUCGCGCCCAUCUCCAAGACCCCAGAUCAGGUCUACCGGGCCACCUUCCAGAAGGUCUUUGAGAGAAACAUGGCUUACUACAGGAAAUUCCCAGAGGACGUCCUUGCCGUGCGGAGAGUCGCAGGCUUCCUGCACAGCCGCCCUGAAAAGGGCGUCCGGCUGCCCGGUGGAGGACUCGUGACGGCCAGGCGGCUCCUCACUCUCGGCCACAUGUUUGGGUUGCACGGCGGCCUCGACAACGUGCACUCCAUGAUCCUGAGACUGAACAUGGACCUGGAGCAGUUCGGCUUCCUGACGAGGCCAACCCUCCUACAGUUCGAGUCGUACCUCCCAUUCGACACCGCGCCUGUCUACGCCGUCCUGCACGAGGCCAUCUACUGCUACGAGAAGGGCAUCAAGUCCGACUGGGCCGCGCAGCGGGUCGGCCAGCAGCUCGACAACUUCCGCUGGCUGGACCCGGAGUUCUCGGCCUUCGACAACGACGCCGAGCCGGCGGCGCCCCCGCUCUGCUUCUCGGGCGAGAUGGUCUUCCCCUUCAUGUUCGACGACUACCCGGAGUUGGCGAGGCUGAGGCCCGCCGCCGACGCGCUGGCCGAGCACGACGGCUGGGACAACCUCUACGACGAGUCCCGGCUGCGGCUGAACCAGGUCCCCGUUUACGCCGCCAGCUUCAUCGAGGACAUGUACGUCGAGUCCGAGCUCGCGCGGGACACGGCGCGCAGGAUCAAUCUUAUCCGGGUCCUCGAGACGAACACCAUGUACCACAACGCCCUUCGCGCCCGGCCUGACGAGGUCCUGCCGCAGCUGUUUAAGCUUCGGGACGAUGCCAUCGACUAG